UUCUUCUCCUUGUUCACAACCUUCUCGUGUCUGCAGAGAGAUUCGGGACAAACGUGUGAGGACAUCAGCGCUCUUAAUAUUUAUUUCUUUUGUCUUUUGCAUGCCAUCAUGUGCUGGUUGCUGGCUGGAUGCUGUGGGCUCGCUUUGAUCAGCAUCUCAGUGGCCCCAGACCCCGCCGUGCAGAUCACCCAGAAGCCCCGGUUCUGCGGUGUGAAAACCAGAUACAAUGUGAUCAUUGGCUGUAUGUCCACCCAGGACCUCCUGUCAGCCAAGGUGCAGUGGUACAAGGCCGAUAAGUACAACGAGGAUGUUCUAAACAGAGGCGAAAUAGAGGAAGAACAAAAGUUUAAAUUUUUUAACAGCCAUUCGCCAAUGAAGUUUCUCUUCAUCAGCGGUGUGCGGAUAGAAGACAGAGGAGUGUACUUCUGCAAGUUAAACGACACAUGGGGACCUGGGACUGCAGUUGAAGUUAUCAGACCCAUUGGCCUUCCCCAGGCUCUGCAUAGGACCAAUAUGAAGGAUGGUCUCAUUAUCCUCCAGGGCCUGGUGCUGGCUGGCUGUAUUGCUGCCAUACUGCUGCGCAGACGACAACUGUUGGAAAAGAAUGACAGCAUAUACGAGGAGCCUGACACUGAUCACAUCUAUGAGGGUUUGGCGAUCGAGACGUGUGGCGGAGAUCUGUAUGAGGAACUCUCUGUGUACGCCCAGGCUGACGGAGCCGAGGGAGCCGAGGCCCCAUGGGAGUGAGACAGCCUCACAAUAGCAUACUACUUACAAGUGCUCCAGGUUUGAGGUACUUAUUGUCCUUAGUGCAUUACAGUAGAUGGCGGCCGGCAUGUCUCAGCUUGGAGAAACAGACAGAACUACUGUAGCAAAGCAAUGUUCUGCUGUGAACGGGGGCAGCACAUUCAGUGUACGCUAUAUUCUGAAUAUAUUUCACUGCUUUACCUUGCUGUCGCGGUAGACCAGCAACUCCUGUGUUCUGCGAGGUAAAAUUACUGUGUUUGUCAAAGGAGUCUUGUGGCUUUGAAGAGGACAUAGAUAGCGGGCUCCGUUCCCUGACGGCGAUGGUAAAGCAGUGACAAUAUUCCAAAUAUAGCCCACACUUUUUUGCAGCUUGCUCCGUCCACAGCAGUACGUUGCUUUGCUCUCCAGUACUCCUGUCUGUUACUCCACAUCUACUGUAGUAAUACCCUGACUAUGGAAAAGUACUUUGUACAAACCCACAUCUACUAAUCUGACCUCUCCCUUUAAGAGUGCUUGAGGAGAUUUGUCAUGUUUCCUCUAGUAACAGUUUGUUUAUGAAUGUGCAACAACAUAAUUAUUGUAAAACGCUUGCUAUACACGCUGUUGAUUAUAUGCAUGUUUUUAAUUAAUAAGCUGUGAUUUGAAUUGUACUGAAGUGUAAAUGAACAAUUCUGCAAUUCAGAUUCGACAGCUGACAUUUUGGUGCUUCAAGAGGCUUUUUCUUUUUUUAUAUAUAAAGUGUUUUGUAUUGUUUCAUAAUGACUUCUCGGUCUGAGAGUUUGAUAUCUAUUUCAUCUAAAUGUUACAGCGUGUGCAUCAGAGCCUGAACUAGGCCGUGCUUGAUGUUUGAUUAUAUAAAAAAACUUUAUUCCUUUUUAUUCCUGUUUAUGUAACAAGAUUAAAAACAAUAAACAUGUUUCCAUUUGCUGGA